CCUUCACAAGCAGCGCGCAACACUCUACUGAAAAUAAGCACGUCAAGAAUCUUCUGGCACAGCUUCGCGACUUGCUUCAUCUGUACGUAAGUGGUUUUGCUUCAAAAUACUUAAUCAGAGCACGUGGCCCGUCAAGUUGUGGAUAAACCAAUAUGAAGAUGGAGGUCGCCACAACUUCUCAGAAGACGUCGAGCACCUUUGGGCGGGGCAAAAAAAAGUCCUCCUCCACCGCGUUGGCGGUGGUCACGGCGACGGGUUGUUCUUAUUUUUCGGUGCAGCUUCUCAACUACAUGCCGCACGUUGUGGAGGGUGCGCAGUUAGGGAAGACUAAGAAGAAGAGCCUGCUGGCGAUGAACAAGCAAGGCGUCGCGCAAAAAUCGCGGGAGGCGAAGAAGAACCAGAAGACUAAAAAGAAUCUCCGCGCGCAGACGAGCAAGGAAACGCUGCGUCCGAUCUCGAGCGGGAGCGUGCCCGCCGCGGCCCCCUGGACGAAUCUAAUCACGACCGCGACCGCGGCCCCCUUGACGAAUAUAUGCAUGAAUGCGAACUAUAUGUCCUCUGGGUCUAUUGAUGAAAUAGAAAUUCAAAUACAAAUAAUCCUGCUGUGCAUUAGCAUUUUAUUCCCAGGAAGAUUAUGGAGCUCCGACUGGACUAUUGCCAGGAUAACGACGGUAUCACGUGCAAAUUUGUCUGGGUCUGGAAAGGUUGCGCUUGUAUUGCGUGUCUCGCAUUCCUGAAAAAUCUGUAUUGCAUAUAGCAGCAAAAGCGCCGCACUUUCGUCAUGCAAAGGCGCAGUGUGUAAUGCGUGCUGAGCAUGCGAAGGCGUUUGAAAAAUGUGUGAUGCUUCACUGAAUCUGAUCACGACCGCGACCGCGGCCCCCUUGACGAAUAUAUGCAUGAAUGCGAACUAUGUAUAUGUCCUCUGGGUCUAUUGAUGAAAUAGAAAUUCAAAAAAUACAAAUAAUCCUGCUGUGCAUUAGCAUUUUAUUCCAUUUCCUGCUUCACGAAGUAAAUGCAAAAUAUAAAUCCGGCUAUGGUGUGGCUGUGGGACGAGAUUCAUGUAAGCGCAUAAUAGCCAAAUAAAAUGAGUUAUUAAAGCUCUGUUGCAACUUGGGCUUUGAUAACUCACGGGUAGACUGCAACGUAGGGGUUGUAACAGUGCAGGGUUUAAUAACUCACAGUAGACUGCAAGAACUUACGGGUAGGUUGUUAUGUAGAGCCUAGACUUUUCCGUGGCCGGCACGACGCAGCUGCAGCGCAAUGCGUUCGAACAACUAUUGCGAGCCCAGGGGAACAAAUUUUUGCAAUGCAUAGGACUCACUUCCGGGGGGCUCCGUUUGUACGCACGAACACAAGCCCGUCAAAUG